AUGAGACAAACAACCAACACCUCCACCUUCCCAAUGAAGCAUACACAAUAUACCUAUUUGCUGUGCAUUGACCAGCUUCUUUCCAACAAGGAAGGGCCUUUUUUUUCUUUACUCCUUUUUGCCUUGUCUUUCUCCCGUUUGUUUUCUUUUUUCUUCAUUGUUUUUUCUUUCUUUCUUUUCUACUUUUUUCUUUGUUUCUUCUCUCUUUCUUUCUUUUUUCUUUUUUCUUUCUUUCUUUUUUAUUCCAUUUUAUUUUCUUUCUUUUAUUCUUUACUUUUUCUUUUUUCUUUCCUUCUUUUCUACUUUGUUUCCUUCUUUCUUUUUUAUUCCUUUCUAUUUUCUUUCUUUUAUUCUUUCUUUAUUCUUUCCUUCUUUUCUCUUUUGUUUCUUUCUUUCUUUUUUAUUUCUUUCUUUUUUAUUUCUUUCUUUCAUUCUUUUAUUCUUUCUUUAUUUUUUCUUCAUUUUAUCUUUCUUUCUUUCUUUUUCUUUCUUUCUUUUUUUCUCUUUCUUUAUUUUUCUUUCUUUCCUUCUUUUUCCUUUCUUUCCUUCUUUGUUGCUUUCUUUCUUUUUUCCCUACGCUUUAUUUCUUAUUCUUCUUCCCUUUUCCGUUGGUUUUCUUUUCCUUCUGUUUUUUUUUUCUUCCUUUUCCUUUCUUCUCCAUUUGUCUUUUCUUUUGCCAAUCCUUCUUUCCUUCAUUUCCUUUUACCCAUAUUUUUUCUUUUUUUUUCGUUUUUAUUCCUCUCCUCUUCUCCAUUAUUUACUUUUUCUUCACACCGCUCCUUCAUCCCUCUUUCCCUUUAUCCUUCCUUUCGUCCUCUCUUCUAUCCACCCUCCCUUCUUUCCUUUCUAUAUACCUUUCUUUCACCCACCUUUCUUUCAUUCGUCCCUUCCAUCCACCAUUCCUUCUCUCCACCCUUCCCUUCCACACUUCCUUUCUUCCACGAAUCUACUUUUAUAACCACUCACCCACCUUUCCUCCCUUCCUUCCUUCCUUCCUUCCUUCCUUCCUUCUUUCCUUCAUUCCUUCCUUUUUACCUUCCUUCAGCUUACCUUUCAUUCCUCUUUUCUUUCCUUCCAUCCACCCAUCCUUCCUUUCAAUCUUUCCUUCCUUCUUUUCAACCUUUUCUUCCACCUUUCCUUUCUUCCACGAAUCUACUUUUCCUACCAUAUAACCACUCAGCCACAUUUCCUGCCUUCCUUCCUUCCUUCCUUUCUUUAUUCAGCCUACCUUUCAUUCCUUAUUUCUUUCCUUUCUUUCAAUCUUUCCUUCUUUCUUUCCUUCGUUCUUUUCAACCUUGCAUCCAAUUUCCUUCCAUAUAUACAAACAAUUCCUUCCUUCCUUCCUUCCCUCCUUCCUCCCUUCCUUCCUUCAACCUAUCUUUUAUUCCUCCAUUCUUUCCUUCCUUCCACCCUUCCUUUCAAUCUUUCCUUCCUUCUUCCUUCUUUUCAACCUUUUCUUCCACCCUUCCUUCCUUUCUUCCACGCAUUCACUUUUAUUUCCUUAUAACAACCCAUCCUUCUUUCCUUCCAACCCUUUAUCCUUCCUUCCUUCUCUUAUUUCUUUCCUUCCUUCCUCCUACCUUUCAUUCCUCCCUUCCUUCCACCCUUCCUUCUUUCCUUCCUUCCACCCUUUCUUCCACCCUUUCACUUUCCUUCCUUCUUUUCUCCCGCCUUUCAGCCCUUCCUUCUUUCCUUCCUUCCACCUACCUUUCAUUCCUCCCUUCCUUCCACCCUUCCUUCUUUCUUUCCUUUCUUCCACCUACCUUUCAUUCUUCCCUUCCUUCCACCCUUCCUUCUUUCCUUCCUUCCACCCUUUCUUCCACCCUUUCACUUUCCUUCCUUCUUUUCUCCCGCCUUUCAGCCCUUCCUUCUUUCCUUCCUUCCACCUACCUUUCAUUCCUCCCUUCCUUCCACCCUUCCUUCUUUCCUUCCUUACACCCUUUCACUUUCCUUCCUUACACCCUUUUACUUUUCUCCUGCCUUUCCUUCCUUCCUUCCUUCCUUCCUUCCUUCCUUCCUUCCUUCCUUCCUUCCUUCUAUUCAUCAGUACAUUUCUUUAUUUCCUCGUCCUCUUUAUCAUUUCUUUCUUAA